AUCAUUUCAAAGUGUCGGCGGUAACGUUACGUUUCCCAUCGAUUUAAUGUUACUGAACCGAGUAGCGUUUAUUUUUACGGCUAACGGAGCCGCUCUGACAAUGCUACCCAGCUUUCACCGCCAAGAUGCAUCGAAUUAUAGACGAUAUUAGCAACGGCGUGCUGUUUCCAUGGUGAUGAAACUUUACGUUUAACGACGACUAGCUACUAGCUAGUAGCUAGCGCCUGACGUUACCAUACAGAGCGGUUAUUUUGUAUAGCCCUAGCUCGUGAAUAUUAAUAUCAAUGGCUUUGUCACUAAAGUGAAUACAGAUGUCAUCGGGGAUGCAGCCCUCUGAACCCCAGAGUUCGGGGCUUUCCAGCAAUAAUGGCGCUCACGUUUUACAUUUUGAAUCUCCACCGAAGCACAUGAAUCAAACACAAGUAGCAACAGCAAGAACGACUGAGACUCAAGACAUGUCUCUUCGGCUGAGAUUCAACAGUCUGACACUGGAUGAACUGAGUGAGGAGCUUGACAGGCGAACCAAGGAAACACAAAGACUUCAAGAAGAAGUGGAAAAUGCAACCAAAGUAGCCAUGGAGAGGUUCGCCUGCACGUAUGGUAUCAAUAGCUCACCUGGACAGAGCUGCAACAACCAGAGGUUUAAUGUCUAUGACCCACCUCAGGAUUUCACCGUCCUUCCACCCCCCCUUCAGGCAGUGUCUCAGUCUCUGGUCGGUGGUCUGGAUAGUUUAAAUAAGGAUGUGGCUCAAAGGCAAAUCGGCUCUCCUGGAAAGGAGGUGUUGGAAAAUGCAAUAGAUAACUGUCUUCAAACUCUGUCUGACUUCCACCUCAGCAAGACACUUGAUCAUCCUGAACAAGACACAUUCAGUUUUGACAAAGCCAUUGUGAACCUACAGACUAAGCUGCACAAAGUCCAAAUGGAGAAGGACGCCCUGUCUGACCUCAGACUGAAGGAUUCGAGGAAACAUGUUGAUCAGAUGGAAAAGAUGCUGUGCAUGCUGGAAGAGCUCCAAAACAUCAAAAGGGCCGCGGACCAGAAGCUGCAGGAGACGGAAGAUGAAACGUUGGCACUCAACAGGAAAGUAGAGACACUGGAACAGAUUAUGAAGGAAACAUACUCUUCACUGUUGUCUCACGAGAAACAAUGUGGAAACAGCUCCAUUACCAGUCCUAUUAUCGCCAGUAGUUCAAUACAACUGUCUCCAGCUGCUAAGUUAAAUGAGGAUUUCAACAAUGAGACGGACAAGCUUUUGUCAAAAGUAAAUCUGGGGAGUGAAGAAUGCAGUGGGGUAAAUGAGCAAACACAAAGAAUGGAAGACCUCAUUGCAAAUCUUUGCCAGGAGAUGGCAGUGUUGACUGACAACCUGAGAUCAUCAAACUACAGCAGCGUCAGCUUAACUGACAAGUUGGAGCUGCUAAAGAAACUUGCAGAGAGACGGACAUCGUCGUUGGACCACUGUCAGAUCAGUAAACUUGAGUCAACCCUUUCCAGCCAUAAAGAUAAGGUUUGUUGUCUGGAGCAGCAGCUCCUUCUGGUUCAGUCUCAGCUAGUGGAUGCCCAAAGAGAGAAAGAGCGAUCUUCACAACAGGCAGAGGACCUCUAUUCCCAGCUUGGCCAACUUAAGAGGUGCGGUGCGCAGCAGCAGUGUGAGCUCCAGGUGGAGAUAAAGGUCCUGAGAGGACAGCUGGAGGAGGCCAGGGAGCAGCUUCGCAGAGGCGGGGAAGAGAAAAAUUGCCUACAGGCCCUGCUGGAUCAGAGGGCCCAGGAGGGGAACAAAUUCCAGGGACUCCUGCAAGAGAAAGACAAGGAACUCCAGCUCAGGCAACAAGAAGCCCAGCAGCAUCUUUCCAGGUUAGAGGAAGCUCAGAGCUGGUGCAAGACCAUGCACAUAGAAGGAGAGACACUGAGGCUGAAGCUGGAUGAGCGAGAGAAGCUGAUAGAUAUUCUGAGGUUGCAGAUGGAGAGCAGUGUCCAGAUGACAGUGCAGCACAGCCGCACCAUCGACAACCUGCACCAGGAGAACAACCUCCUCAGCAACCAGCUCAACCAGCACAAGCUGGAGACUCAGCAGCUCAGGGCGGAGUUAGACCAGCACAAGUCAAAGCUGGCUGCUGCAGAGCAUGAGAGGCUACAGCUACAGGCGUCUGUGGCUGAACAAAGUCAGCGUGUCCAGGAGGAAACUCUGGAGAAACAGCAGCUCACCACCCAGCUGGAGAUCCAGCGCAUGCAGUUACUCACCCUCACUAAGGAGCACAAGGAGAUGCAACGGCUCCACAGCUGUAAGAACGAGGAGCAGGAGGGUGCGGUACUGAGGCUUCAGAGUCAGCUAAGGAACGCCCAUGACGAGCUGGACCAGGUCAGGAGCACCCUGAGGAUCCUGGAAGGAGCCGAUGGACACGGCCUCCAAGUGGCCAUGGACAUGCAGAAGGAGAUCACUGCCAGAAGAGAACAGGUCGACUCUCUGCAGGGCAAAAUCCAGCAUCUAGAGGAGACUGUGGAGAAGCUGCACCAGGAGAAGCGCUACCAGAGCCUGGAGAGUCAGCGUCAUCUCCAGGAGCUGGCCUUCGUCAGGGAGGAGAAGAAACAACUUGCCAAUGAGCUGGAGGCCCUUCGCUCCAAAGACCAACAAUUAAGGGACCGGAUCGGUCAGCUGGAGGCAAUCCUUCACAAGAUGUCAGAGAGCUUUGCAGACUGUCAAGAUUUCAUCCAGCUGCGGGAGCAGGAGUUUUAUCGUCUUAAACUCCAGCAUGCCCUCGACCUGAAGGAACUCCAAGGUCAGAAUCUCUGCACAGCUCUGAAUGUACCUCCACCGGACCUGGACUCCAUGAUCCCAUCUGCACUCACUGCUCCACCCUCCUCCCAGCACGCCUCCAACACUCAGAUCAAGUCAAAGACGCGGCAGGAGAGCCGCGCCCAGGAGCUCAGGUCUCUCGUCAAAGAGCUGCAAGGAGUGAUUUCGGAGAACCACAGACCACACACCGCUAUCAGCACCGCUGGCAGCAGCUUCCACAGGAGGAGGUCUGCACCGGAGAGAGUGCACAGGACCACAUUCAGUACCAACAGGGACGCAGAAGAAAAAGCUGGCUUCAGAGUGAGAAGAAAAACCUGCAGCAGCGAACCACAUUUCCUGACAAGAGCUGAGCUGAACGGGAAGAUAACUGACGAGAGCCGUGUUAUAUCGGAUCCAGCGACUGCAGUGAGGUGCACAUCCUCCCCACAGCUCCUCUCACUUGGCCGCAGGUCACCCGUCCACUCUCUCCUGACCUCCGACCCAAACCGCUAACACUGACACAGCACAACGCAACAGACCUGAGGCUGGCUCCUCGUUUCAACAGCUCAUUUUUGAGACACUCACGAGAUGAAGUUGGAUGUCAAAAGACGGUUUUAUAGAAAUCCCCAAUUAGGUGAAUUUUCAUAAUUUAUUGUUUAAAUAAAGUGUUUUAUUUAAAAA